GAUUGUGAUUCUCUGCUGUUCAGACAGAGGAGAAGAGGUUGAUCAGAAGGAAGCUGACGGUUGUCUGAGGAACUCAGCACGACAAAACCCUGGUAGUUUGGCACAGGGAGGCAGAGCAGGAGAAUAUGAAUGAGAGAAAGAAAUGAGAUCUCAAUUGUGUCUGAGCUUUCUGAUGAAGAGAAUUUCUGGUGACUCCAUCUGGCUAGAAGGUCUAUCUAUGUGAUCUCUUCUCCGGCAGAUGGAAGGAGGAAGCAUUUGUUGAUACUGUCCAUCACUGGAACAUCAAGCUCUACAGAGACUUUUAAGACACAGAAGCUGUGUUCGGCACAGAUGCCGGCCUUCUCCAAGAGGUGGCCUCUUCAUCCCCAGUGACACCAGCUCCUGCUGCUACCAUGGGACCAGACAGCAGCUUCCUCAGCAGCGGACGGGUCCACGUCAUCCUGUGGGGAAGCUUGGCAGCUGUAACAACACUCUUAUUCCUCACCUUCCUCAUCUUCCUCUGCUCUAGCUGCAACAGGGAAAAGAAGUCCAAACAUCAGAAUGGAGAUCAUGAAAAUCUGAUGAGUGUGCCUUCUGAGAAGGAGGUGUUCAGCCACUCCAUCACCAGCUCCGCCACGGAGCCGCCGCCCAGCAGUGAGCAGAACGGCGCGCUCAGCAACGGCGAUGUGCUCUCAGAGGACAGUACAACUGCCUGUAUCCAGCCUUAUGAAGAAGUACAAACAUCUAUUUCUGAUCUGCUAGAACAGGAUAGUCUUGGGAAAUCCUUAAAAUGUCACCAGAGCCGGGAACUACCCAGUAUUCCCCCUAACAAUACCAUGGAGACCAUCAUCUCAGCUAGAAACGCCGAAAAUGAUCAAGGUCUUGGAAUGGAAGGGCCUUAUGAAGUCUUGAAAGACAGCUCCUCUCAAGAGAACAUAGUUGAAGACUGUUUGUAUGAAACCGUGAAGGAAAUCAAAGAUGUUGGAGCAGCAGCCAACAUGGAAAGAAGCUGCAACAGAAAGUCAGCGGCUUCAGUGAUGGUUACCGAAGGUCAGGAUCAGAUUCCUGAGUGCAGAAUUGAAUCAGCAGAAUAUGCAUCUGUUGACCGAAAUAAAAAAAGUCGCCAGAGUGCUAAUUCAGAAAGCCCUCUGGACAGCACACCAGAUGUAGAGGAUGAGCUUCCUCCUCCAGUGCCCAUGAAACUUCUUGAUGAAAACGAGAAUGUGCAAGAGAACGAAGUGGAUGAAGGAGAAGGGACAGAAGGAGCAAGUAAACCAGAGAAGAGGCUUAGUUCGAUGUCUUAUAAGUCUCGAGAGGAAGAUCCAUCUCUUACAGAAGACGAAAUCUCAGCCAUGUACUCUUCAGUGAGCAAGCCAGGACAGGCCAUCAGGGCAAUGGAUUCUCCUUACACCUGUAUUCAAGAAAUCACAUCUCAGAGGUCCCCGUCUGUUUGCAGCGGCCUCUAUGCGAGCGUGAAGGACUUUGAGAACACCCUCAGUACUACCAGUGUGCCUCAGUCGGCAGGCAGGCCCAACGGGGAGCUGGAGCCCGACUACGAAGCUAUCCAGGCAGUGAGCCAAGACGAAGACAGGACCUUGUCUGUGCCUCACACAAACCACAUUGCUCUGUCGGGAGAGAAUGACUAUGAGAGCAUAGGGGACUUGCAGCACCACAGGGAUGUCACCAGACUUUAACUACUCCGGCAUCUGGGUUUCAGCCUUUGUGUUGUCUGCUGGUGUUUCAAAGAAGCAUGCGAAACAAGGAGAGGGAAGCGCUUCUCAUUUUGAGGAGCAAAGCUAAGUGCAGAACAGGUGUGAAGAAGCCGUGUACGUUUCAAGCCAGCGAGUGUUAUCUGUGGGUGAUUCUGGGCGGUGGACAGAAGCUUACAGGAAGGUUAAUUGUUAUUGUUGGCUUUUUAUUGUUAGUUCCUAGACGGCCAGAAUUCAGGAAGGGGCGCUGUGUUUGUCAUCCUGAUAGGGUUACGUACCAAAAAGACUGCCUUUACGCAAAGCUAGCUUUUCAUUUUAUUUUGUGUCAGUUGCUUCAAUGUGUUCUUCAAGAAUCGUUUUUCAUCUGCGUUCGGGAAUCCACUGAGCUACUUGCAGACCACCAUGCCUCAGUCAGGUGGACUCUGAGGGCUGGGAAAGGUGUGUCAGCAUCUCUUGGGGAGCUCUAAUUCAGCCUGGUAGGACCGUGAGGGUUGAGGUGGGGUCGGAAUUCCCAUUCCAUUGUCAUUGCAACUAAAGUGUAACAGUAGCAACAGUUACUCCAAGUCACAAGGGUCAUAAUGCAAAUGUACUUGAAUUAAUUCCAUUGACUUUUUCCCCCUCCCUGCCUUCCUCCCUUCCUUCCUUCCUCCCUUCCUCACUUCCUUCCUUCCUCCCUUCUUUCCUUCCUUCCUUCCUUUUUUCACAUCAGGGGCUGUAGAAUGUGUACUUGCAGUAUUUGAGAUGUGUACUGGUAUUUUUAGGAUUUCCUGUUUAAUUAUUUGUGAAAUACUGUUUUAAAAUGGCAAGCAGCACCCUUAGCAUUCUCACUCUAUCCCCCCAACAUGCAAACAUGUACCUGCACAUACACAUGCAAGGCAUUGGUCAUGUUGCAGAAGGUUGUACAAAUGAAUAUUACCAUAAUGUUUAGUCUCACCUUAAUAGUGUUGACUCAUCUUUUGAAGAAUUUUGCCCUUUUUUUAAAGACUUAAAGUAUUUUAGUAUGUUUGACUAGUGCAUUAUAUAGGAAAAUUUCUGUACAGUGUUGAGUGGAUGAUGUUCUUCAUUUUUACAGCACAUUUUCAUCUUCAAAGCUUUUGUAGGUUAACUUACUGCUUUAUAUAAUGAGAGGAAUCCUUUCUUUGGGUUUUAUUUGUUUUUGCUUUAUAUCUUUUUCCUAUUUUAGAAGUACGUAAAAGAACAAAUCCUAUUUUUUAUUUUUUUUUUUUUACAUCUUCUUAAGCAGGGUUGUGGAGCACACCUUGCUAUUUUUAAGCUCAAAAUAAUGGAGUCUGUAUAAAAGAACACUGACAGAAGGCCAAAAAGAAGGCAGGAGAGUGUAUUUUGUGUGGGUUAGCCACUGGUCAUCCUUGUUCCUCACUGGGAGGAGCAGGAGAGUCAGAACUGGUGGGACCAAGAACUUCCUGGGGUUCUGACAAGCAGUUGGAAAACCACAGUCUUUCCAGAGAUAUGAAGUUUCUCUGUAACUGCUGAAAACAAAGUACGGUGCUGAGAUGAAAUAAGCAGGUACUGGACUGAUACUCUUGUUUUCUUCAAGAAUAGUACAAUGAACGGUACAGUAGUACAAGAAUAGCCCAACAGUAGAGAAUGUACAUUAUAUUAUAUGCAUCUGUACACAGUUAUGUGUACAUUUUUGUGUGUCCCUGUGUAUGCUCACAUACACAGGUGCUUUGUAAACAGGCAUAAACUGUGGUCCAGACUGGGUAGCCUUCACAUAACUUUCACAUAGGUACUAUUGGCAUGUGCUUGAAGGGUAGUUUAUUUUAAUGCAAGAUGAACAGUAUUUAAACAGGGAUUGUCUCAUUCUGUAUCAGCCUAGCAUGUAUUUAGCAUGGGUUCAGUUGGUACUGAGGUUUGAUGCAUGAGAUUGAGUCCUUCUCAGACCACUGGCCAGUGCACAGUGCUUGGUACUAUAAAGGGCGAACACAGCUCUAGGUACACACGCUUCCUAGAAGUAAGCUUACAUCUGGAUGAGGUGCAGUGGUUUAUGAACACUGACUGUACUGAGCAUGGCUUUGAGGAGCAGUGCAGUUGGAUGCCCACAGAAAAACACAGACAUCAUGGAGCCCAUCCUCACGCACAGUGAGGUGACACACCUGGGCCAGGCUUUUCUUUAGAGUGAGGCCAUGCAGUCCAGUCUGCAUCUGACUUGUUCUUGAUUGUGCUGCUGUGCUUCCACAGCUGCAGCCUUUGCUUUCACCUCACUGCAGUGCUUUUUAAAGCUGACUUUGGUCUUCCUUUCCUGUCAAUGUUCCCUUGAAUAUGAAUUUGUGAAGUUCGCCUUUGACUGUUCUGUCCUUCUGCUUCACAUUGUUUCAGGCUAAAGAGAAAAUGCCUCGCAUUUCAGAAGAUCUGUGCCGAGUUUGGAGACUCUUUGGAGACUUGGCUCCGUGUUUACUCUUUGCUCCAUGCUCUCUGUAUGUUGUCCUCAGUCUGACACCUACAGCAUAGUGGGAGCCAUACCCCACUCUGUGGUUUCCACACACAUCUCAGGAUGCAGUUAUCCGUUAAGGACUAUCGUUCUUGUUAUAUGGAUUACUGCUUUUGAAGAAAUAGUAGCAACGUGAGGUUUGUCAGGUUCACAGAUGCAAUUUCAUCAGCAGUUUAAAGAUAAAAAAAAUAAUAGCAAUUAACGGUAGCAAAGAAAAACUUGGAGGUCUUGCUUGCAGAAUUUUAAGCUGCGAAAGAGAAAAUAAAGCAUCACCCUUAAAGUAAGCCUCACCAAUAUCAGUGAGUCCAAGGAAAAAGGGCCUGCCUGCUCAUAUUCAUUCUCUUUCAGAGCAGAAUCAGGACUGCUGGAUGGGAAGAAGGGCAGUGAGGCUCAGCCCGUUCUUUCCUUUCUUUCCCCUGUUGGGAAAUGCUUUGUCUGCUUCCCCACUCAGCCUCCAACUUCAGGCAGGUAACGUGAUAAUACAACCACUGUUCCUUAUAGCAUUCAGCCCCAGCUGCCAUCCCUGAUCUGUUCGUGAUCAGCAUUCAGGCUCUGGCCAGGCCAGUUUCCUCUGAACUCCCCACAGGAGGACUUGCUUACAGCCCCGCAGACCCUCAGCCCGCUCAGGCUCGCUCUCUGGGCUGCUGCAUGCAUGGCUGCCCUCACCCCCAGACCCAAUGAGCCAUGAAGGGAAUUACCUCCUGAACAAGGGCAAGUAAGGACUUACAUCCCUGCAAUCUCCAUUAUGUAGUCUAAUGCUAAAGAAAAAUUAUUUUAGAAUUUAGUUCAAGGUUCUGAAAUGAAUAGUUACAUCACUUGUCAAAAAAACCGUUGUUUUAGUUUCCUCUCGCCAGAAGUAAGAUCUGCUCUUUGGCUGCUGUUGCCAUAUUUCUUUUUCACUAGUAUACUGCAUGGAAAGAUUUUCCUAGCAGCAAUCUUCAAAUACGUGAAUUUUACUGGAAAGAAAGGGGAGUUUCUUCUACUUAUCUCUUCAUUGCCAUUUGUUUCACUUUCAUCAUAUUCCCAAAUAAAGUCAACAUGCCAAAUGAAGUAUUUGUUACGUGAUGAUCUUUUCUGGGACAACUUCACAGGUGAUUUCUUUACCUCCAUUUGUUAGCAUAACUGUUCAAGAAACUCAACUUCUGUGUAGUAAAGCCAAGUAAAGCCGCAAUGUCAGUGUACUUACACUACUGAAAAGAUCACUUCUGAUUCCCUUCUGGGGACAGGUAGAAGAAAUAAGACGUGCAGUUUGGAUGAACUUCCCUGAACCUGUCUCCUGUGGGACUUCCAGCCACACGCUGAAGCCAGCAGUCCCUUUCUACAACGACGAGUUCAGAAUCGCUUUCUCAGUCACAGUGAAACAUUUGUUUAAGGAUACCUGUGCACGGGCACGAGCAUAAUUGCAGCAGUUAGAUCAGCUAUAGUGCCUUUUUUACCAAGAACUUCCAUACUCUUUUUCCACACUGUGUCUCACACAAAACCAAAAAGAGUGUUUCCUCCAUUUUUUUUUGUGGGGGAAACAGCUUUGGAAACAGUUGGAAACAGCUUUACAGUCACAUCAAAUGCACUGGACCUCAAUUAGCCUCAGUUUAGCAAUAGCCUCUCACAAACUUCCUCUAGAAAGCCCAGCAAUGUAGCUACGAUAAUUAACUUUGCAAUAAGAAUGAUCAGUCUUCUUUUGAAGAAGCAAUGUUGUUCAACAGUAAGUAUUCAGGGAGAUGUGGUCUGUGUCCAUAUCAACUGUGAACAAUUGGCAGCUUCAGUCUUUGUACUGGCAUCAGUUACAGGCUUGCUGGUAUGCAGCAGGCCUUGCAGGGUGGGGGAACUGCAGAGAGGAGUGGGUGCUGGGGCUCGGGUCCAUCAGUCACACAAAGCUGGGCCAUCCCACAAAGCAGCUGGCUGAGGGUCAGCUGCCUUGUUCCAUAGGCCCUCGUGUACUGUGCCUCCAGGGAACCCAUCUUGCCAGGAUUCCUCUGGGCUCUGUCCUUCUCCAUGGCUCCCUGAACAGCUCCUCUCGCUUGUCUUGAUCAAAAUUCUGUAUACACGGUGCUCUCUGUUCAACCUUUCAAUGGUGCUUUUAUACAAUGCUGGAUAAAUAGGUUCAAUGUGCUUUCUGAAAGCUGACAUGUAAAGCUGUGACACAGAGUGUUCUCUCUAGCAUUUUCUACUUCACAGAACUUAGUAUUAACUGUGUUGCUUUGCAAAUGGCUGUCAGUGCUUCCGUUUCUCGCUCACCUUGUGCAGAACUGUCAUGCAUAGCAAGCCCAGGUUGGGUGGUAGAGUUCAAAAGCAGCCGCUCAGGUGGAGCACCUUGGCCUGAGAGCAGUUAGAUAUGUGGCAGUGUGCAGUGUGAGGCUGGAAACAGCACGGAUCCCAGCUGAAGGGCUUUAUUCUCUCAGCGUGUAUAUAAAUUUGUUUGCACAAUAACUAUAAGAAUUCUAUUUCAGCAACAAUCAAUUUAAUUUGGACCAAAUGCCAAACAGGGAUUUCUGCUCUUUGGUACUUAAUAGCAGGUAUUUCAGAACAGUGUUAUUUAUUUAGGUUGGGACAUGCCUUAAUAAGGCUGCUGUAUGCUUCACAAGUAACUUGGUGAGUGUGUAGCCUAUGGAGAAUUAGAAUGCUGAAAGGUAUUCAAUCUGAUGGCUGCUUCUGGGGUGACAUGCUGAAGACUUCCAAAAGCAAAUCUCUUCCCAGGAGCAGGGUGCAUAAUUGCUAUUAAUAUGUCUUUAUGGGCUUGUGCUGAAGUUGAUUUGCAGCGUAUCUUCUGAGAUGAUCCAGGCUGAAGACAAUGCCAGAAAUUAUCUCAGCCUCAAAAAUUAAAACAAAUAAACAAACAACAGAAAAGUAUUUUUCUAUCCCUUGUUACUCAGCCAGAUACCAACUUGUUGAGGAUUAUGCUGGGAACAAGCGCUGUGGAUGGAGCAUCACAGAGAUGAAAGCAGUGAGUUCCUUUUCUUCAAGGAGAGAGAACCCCAUUUUGUUCAGUGAAUAUGAAAGAUCCCAUGCUCAGCAUUCUUAUACCCUCAACAAAAAGCAUUAAACAAAUCAGUUGCCUACUUCCCAUCAAUUGCAUUAGGAUAUCAUGUACCCUACACUGCUCUUCCAUAGGGAUAACAGAAGGAUGAAAGCUUUUUUCUGAUGCAAAGUUCUUAUAGUUGACUUGAUUAAACUUACUUUAUGUGUAAGCCAUAGAUCAGCAAGAGAGAGUCUUCACCACGUAGAUACAUUUCACCUAACUCUAUAUGAUUAGUUGUAGGCAGAAUCACUACAACAUCUUCAGGGUCUACACUUGCUUUGACCUGCUCAUAUAUCUAGCUUGAGCGCUGCAAUUUGCUUAGCAAAGGUAUGAGUUAUCACUAUAUUAUGUAUGCAUUAGCUUGCCUGAUGUUUGGAUGACAUAAAUCUUACCAUUUUGAUUUGCCAAGCUGUGAGGUUUGGUUUCUGGAAGUCUUCAGUUUCAAACUGGCCAGAAGGACAGUGACACAAUGGAGCUUUGGGCAACCUAUUCUCAUGGAUGGUGUCUCUGCCCACGGCAGGGGCUUGGAAUGAGGUGGUCUUUAAGGGCCCUUCCAAACCAAACAUUCUGUCAUUCUGUGAUAGCAAAGUGCUGAAAAAUAAAGAUGUUUGUGAAAAGGUAAACAUGCUCACUGUUAACUGCAUAGCAGCUUGUCAACUAUAUGUGCUACUCCUUUGCUGCACGCAUUUCUAAAUAUCAGCUUUCAUUUGUGAUGUUUGUUCAUUGUUAUAAAAACAGUCUGAUAGAUUUUCAUCAUCUAAUUUUAACUAGAAUAUUUGUUAUACAGAAUAUAAAAUGAGAUCUUUGUUCGGUCUAAAAGGCAGCUGUGUAAUUUCUUAUAGUUUAUGACAAUGAAUCAACAUGCUUAAUGUAUUUACAAAGUACAUAAGUAAGCUGUGACUUUAAAAUGCUUUGUUUUGGAUUUCAGAAUGUCUCCCUUUCACUUCAUGAUAAUGUUACCAACUUUGUAAUUUUAACCUCGUAACAGUGGAGAAGUGUUUUAAAAGCUUACAAAUCUUGUUACUUUAGCACUGGUGUUCAGCCUUCUGAAUGUUAUGAAGAGACGCUCUGAUUUUAACUUUCAGCAUGGUUUGCAUUUUAUUUACGUAACUGCUCCUCCCUGCCUUGCUUAGCCGUCUCUGUCAGUUUUCUCUUUUGUCCUUGAUGAAAUAUGGUACCUGGCCACUGUCCAGUGGGCACAGAGGCUGCGUUGCUUCGCAGUGCUGCGUGGGAUCUUCCUGAUGUGCUGCUGGGAUGUAGAAGCCUGGACUCACGCUCUGAAGUCAUGCAUUUUGGGGCAACCACAUCCUGUUUUGCAGACUUCUGUGGAGGUCUUCACUUUCUUUCAAGUUCAGCCGAAGUUGUGCAGCUUGCAAGCACUCAGCUGACGGGUAAAGAUGUACAGUAAGAGGUGAAUUACUGCAGCAUUUAAAUGCAUUAGUAAAAAACACCUAAGAGCACAACAACCUCCUUUCUCACCUGUGUGAGGACAACAUAACUUGGUCUUUACCUCUGACUCUACUGGAGAAUGGCCACAGAACAAAGCUCCUCUGGAUAUCCUACCAGCAGGCAGUUCCAUGCAGCUGUUGCUGACUGUGAAUGAGCAUUUGGAUCACCCGUGGCUCCCCAUGUACCACCUUCAUGCUUUCCAGUAGGCCUGUGGUGACGACACCUGAGGAGUGAUGACAACUCUGUGGUGAUGACAAGGAGGAAUGGUCCUUGGCUUGACAGGCCUGAGCCUUGGAGCUGAACGUGUGCUCAGAGUGAGCCUGCAAACCCAGGGAAGAGCAUUUAGUGGCAGGGCAGGGCAGGUAUUUCCUAGUGUAGCAGCUUGGAAGAGGUCAAAGGAAAAAUAGCUGAGCGUCAUUUGUGCUGCAUCCAUCUUGCAGACAACCUAUUCAUAAAAGUAGAAGAGAUUGCAGUGAAGUUGCCAAGAGUCACAUAAGGGGUGGGUGGAAUUGCUUUCUCAGUACUCCCCCAACUCAGAGGCAGUGUCAGGUCCUCUGUGCCCCUUUCUUUCAGCAAGCCUCCAGGCAGCAUAAACGAAAUGAAAAUAAACUGUAUAUGCAUGUGCUUUUGUCCCAUGAUAAUCCCCAGUGGGCAAAUGUUGGUGGCACUCAUCUAAGUACCAUCAACCAUGUGCAGAUUUGGACUUCCACAGAUGCUUUCUCAGCCAAAAAAAAAAAAAAAAGUGAAAACUGAAUGAUUUCACUGAAAAAUAAUUUGUAUGAAAUGAGGGUGCAGGAUUAGAACCUAAAAGUUUGGGAGAUGUUUGGUUUGGUGCUAGGUACUUUUCUUUGUAUUUUCAGUGAAAUGAAUUUUCUUUGUGGACUGAUACGACCUCCAUAGGAACAACAGAAAACACAGAGUUGGGUCUGCAGGUAUUUAUCUCCAAUAGCUGUUACUAAAAGCCCGCCUCAGUAGAAUUCACUUAAAAUUGGGUGCUAUAGGAGCUUCAGCACACAAUGUAUGGAACAUUGCCUACUUAGAAGAUAGUGGAUAAGUAUUUGCAAUUACAGGCACUUGUUUAUUUUAACCAUUGUUUUAUAAUGGAAAAAGUAUUUAUUAGCAGGGUGGUUUUCUAGCAAUAUUCUCUCAAGGAAAGUUCUAGCAGCAGAUUGUGCUUUCAGGACAGCUAUUUGAUUUUCUGGUCACUGAAGAAGAACUUCAGACAUCCUCUAACCAGCAUGACCUUCUGAACAGAGAGGAUUAGAUCUGGCUCUGGCUUUCACAGAGCGGAUACGGUUAAAUAAGCUGUGCAGUUCAGCUCUGAAGGUAGCAAGAGCAGUUCAAUGAAAUGACUGUAAUAUAUAAACCUGGAGUCAGUGCAUGCAGACUUCCAAGCUGGCACUGCUGAGCCUUGUUUGCUACACGAUUGGUUAUUUGGCUUGCUACCUUUUUGAAAUCAAUAUGGUUUUAUUAACUGCACUGCAGACACCAAAAUGCUGUAGUAUUGCAGAAUGUGUGCUCCAUAAAUUGCAGCUUGACCGUAAUUGCAGGGCUUAUGCUACUGUCAGAGCAGCUCAGAGCCAACACUAAGUUGCAUUUUGUAAAGUGAUAAAUGCCGUGACGUUCCCUUCGAUGUUUCGUAGGAGUACACACAAGUUGAUGUAAUUUAGUCAUACCCUUAUUCAAAGAAUCUUCAUCUGAUACUUCUAGCCAACCCAGCUUUUGGCUGCCGAAAGCACAGUAGGUUAUUAUGGUUAUUUACAGUAAACGUAGAUGAGUUUUAUGUAAAUAUGUCAGGAGAAAAAAAUGUGUUACUGAAACGUAUGAGGCCGUUAUCUAAAAGUCAGAACGUAGGUCAAUGAUAUAAAAUGCAGCUUUCAUUUAUGUACAGCAGUAUCCUAAUAUUUGCUUCUUUACAUGGGGGGAAAAAGAAAUUUAAGAUUCUGGCCUGCGUGCUCUGAAAGCAUUUCAAAUUGGCUCUGCUAUUUUCUCCGGUUAAUGUAUUUACAAAUGCCUUUUGAAUGGAUUGGAAAUCCGUGUCGAUUAUGUUGAAUGAGAAAUGCUACAUUGCAGUGAAAUCAGUUGAAUUAAAAAAUCCUGGGAAAACAGAUUGGACUGAAAUCUAUAUAAAAAUCCAGUCACCAGAUGGAAUAAAACACAAUAAAUAAGAUUUGUCUUUUUUUAUUAUUA